AUCUUGUACCAAGGGAUAUUCCUCUCCCUCCCUUUACCGCGGAAACUACUGUAUGAUAUAUUUAAUUUCCUUCAUUUUUCAAAAUUUAUCAUAAUGGACGAGUAAAUUUUACUUGAGGAAUUCAUAAAUGCGGUCAUUACUCUAAAUUUUCUCAUGUUCAACUUUGGGCAUACAAAUGUAAAGAGUAAGAAUAUACGUUAACUUGAAUUUAAUUCAAUUCAAUCAAUCUAUCUUAAAUAAUUGAGUUAUUAUCACUAUUAAUGCGUUUUAAAAAACGGCAGAAAGGGCGUCAAUUUCACUGUCUAAACUUUCAUUCAAAUGCUCAUAUUUAAUUUGAUGCUGUGUAUGGAACGGUAGUCAGGUAAUUAGCGAUUGGCAUAGGGCUAAAUACGUAGCCUCUAACACAAACCUGGAGACGUGUGUGGGUGUUUUUGGGAGAUUUUAUUUGACCAUGAAUGGUAACUAGUGAGGGUUAAAUGUAGAGAAAUUGAUUGGCUUUACUGACAAAUUUUAUGCCAUGAUAGUGAAAAAAAAAGUAUCCCUUAAUUGUCCAAGGAAACGUUUGCGCUCAGACCCUCGUGUUUGUUGUGAGAAUCAUACAAGUCAGACAGUUGCUACAGAAUCACUAACGUGCUUGCCAUUAAUUAAAUGUUUAAGACUUCCUGUUAGAUCUUAAGCCAAUUUUAAAAUUUCUCUCAAUGCUUUGAAGAGUCAUUUUCUUUAGCAAGGCUUAAUUCAAGUAUCGCGAUUGUUAAAAUGAUUUCCUGGCCACCAACAAAGCUAAUCUCUUUGACAAGAUUGAUAUCAGUUAUAGGAAGGCGCUACUACGCGAGGCAUGCAGGCGGAUCUUCAUACGAGAGCGGGAUACCGCAGACUGAGCCUGGCCGCGAAGAGGCAGUGAUCCUCAGCAAUGAUGGUGAAAUGUUCGUAUGUUGGCAUCCGCAACCAGUCAUUCCUUACAGCUGUACACGGCCCCUCCCAGAUGUUCCUGAGACGGACACUGUUCUCAAUGUGCAAUAUAACUCUGAAGUCAAGGAAUUGUUCAAGCGUCAGCAUCCAUACUACGUCAAUCAAAAGUUGCAGAAGCUUACUUUCACCACGAAACAUAGAUGGUUUCCUAAGCAUGACGUCUGGGCCCCGCCCAAACCUCCCAAGGAUAGAGAGUAUCUCUAAAAUGGAGAUUCAGGUGUACAAAGAAUGCUGUUACUUACAAUAUAAAGAAUCAUGAGA